AUGAACUCAGGAGAGCACUUCGACAAAAAUGUUGAAAAACAAUCUUAUUGGUCGUUUCAGUUUGGAGUGACCUCUCAUGAGAUUGGUCACUUACUCGGUCUUUUUCAUCAUCAGCAACGCUACGAUAGAGAUGCGUACGUGAGGUUUGUGCCAGCCAAUGUACCACAGCAGGACUGGGUGAACUUUGAGACGAUCUCCCCGACGUAUCUGGACACUUAUGGUCUUCCUUACGAUGUUGGAAGUGUAAUGCACUAUGCUCCUACCGAGUAUGUUUUUUUAAACACGAUGCAAGUUCUUAUACACUGA